AUGGCCCCCUCGGCAGAGACCAGCUUCGCCGCCCACGCGGCCGAACAGUUCGCCUCCUACGAGCAGGACAGGCAGAAGACAUCAAAGGACACCCUUUACGCCACCAGCAAUGGCGUGCCUAUGCCCCACCCCUACGAGACCCAGCGCGUGGGCGAGAAUGGCCCCCUCCUGCUGCAGGACUUCCACCUGAUUGACCUGCUCUCGCACUUUGACCGGGAGCGUAUCCCCGAGCGCGUCGUCCACGCCAAGGGCAGCGGCGCCCACGGCUUCUUCGAGUGCACGAAUGCCAUUCCCGAGUUGACGUCUGCAAGCAUCUUCUCUGAGACGGGCAAGAAAUGCCCCAUCACGGUGCGCUUUUCGACCGUCGGCGGCGAGGCCGGCUCCCACGAUUGCGCGAGGGACCCACGUGGAUUCUCGGUCAAGUUCAGGACGGAAGACGGAAACUGGGAUCUUGUGGCCAACAACACGCCUGUGUUUUUCCUGCGUGACCCGGCCAAGUUCCCGCACUUCAUCCACACGCAGAAGCGAGACCCUUCAACACAUCUCACUCACGCCGAUGACUCUACCAUGUUCUGGGACUACCUUUCCCAGAAUCCGGAGUCCAUACACCAGGUUAUGAUUCUCAUGGGCGACCGUGGAAUUCCCGAUGGUUACCGUUUCAUGCACGGCUACCUCGGGCACACCGUCAAGUUCGUCAAUGCGGACGGCGAUUGGCGAUACGUGCAGGUGCACCUGAAGUCGCAGCAGGGCACCCGGUUCAUCACCCAGGAGGACUCUGCUAGCUAUUCGCCCGAUUACUCCCAGAAGGAUCUGUACGAGGCAAUUCAGCGUGGCGACUACCCAAAGUGGUCGGUGGAGGUGCAGACCAUGACGCCGCGCGAGGCCGAGGAGCUGUGGGAGAAGCAGCGCAUCAACGUGUUCGACCUGACGCACGUGUGGCCGCACAAGCAGUUCCCACUGACCAAGAUUGGCGAGUUCACGCUCAACGAGAACGCCGUCAACUAUUUCGCCGAGGUUGAGCAGGUCGCCUUCAACCCUGCACAUAUGCCCCCUGGCAUCGAGCCAAGCGCCGACCCUGUGUUACAGAGCCGAUUGUUCUCUUACCCAGAUACACACCGACACAGAAUUGGAGUCAACUAUCAACAGUUGCCCGUGAAUGCUCCUCGGACAGGCCACAAGUUUGGCAACUUCCAGCGCGAUGGUGCCAUGGCCUUCUAUAACCAGGGAGCUCGCCCGAAUUACCUGUCGUCCAUCGACCCAAUCCAGUUCCGCGCCCGCACUGUGGAUAUCGACAAGACGCACGGCCAUUUCACGGGUGAGGCCAUCACGUUCCUGUCCGCCAUCCGUCCCGAGGACUUCGUGGCGCCGCGGAAGCUGUGGCGGGACGUGUUUGACGACGGUGCGAAGGAGAGAUUCAUCAACAACGUCGCCGGCAAGAUGGAGUUGUGCAAAGACCAGGAGAUUCUCAAGAGGCAGAUCGCCAUCUUCCGCGAGGUUGAUCCUGAGAUUGCUCAGCGGAUUGAGAAGGCGACGGGCAUCAAAGGGUAUGAUGGUAUCGCCAAUAUGAGGUUCAAUGGUACCCACAACGGCUUCUCAAAGGACCCCAAGGUACGAUUCGCGAAUGGUGUCGAUGUCACCAAGUGCCAGAGCAUCACUGAGAACAACGGUGCGCCUGUGUCUGGAACGCACAAGACCAAUGGUUGCAACGGUACGAAUGGGGCCUAG